AUGGGAACAAUAAGAAUUCGGAAAAAUGAAGUGAAUUCUGAAUUCACAUUGUUUUUCCGAAAGGUUAGCCCAUUCUCAAAUCAUUUUCCUUGUCAAUUUUCAAGCGAUCAGGCGAUUUUUCAAGAACAACCUGAAACAAGUGAAAAAGCUAAGAUGAUCAAUUUUAAUUGUACUGAACAAUUUUAUAUGUGAGUUUUCUUUCCAAAAAAUUAAUAAAGGCCCACGGAAAUCACCAAUUUUGUUUCAAAAUCAAUUCAACAAAAAAUUGCGUGACAUUUUGCUCAUUUUCAAAAUUUGCAGGUACAAUAAAGCGACGUUUUUCAAUGACAAUAAAAAAAUGUCGGAUGUUCUGAAAUCAAAAAAUCCGAAAUUUAUGAAAAAACUUGCCAGUGCUUUUGAAAUAACGGGUUAUAAUGAGAAAUUGUGAGUUUUCGAGAAAGUGAACAACACAUUUCAAACUGAAAAAUAUUUAGAUGGGCUUCUCGAAAAGACGAAGUAAUGCUUAAAGGAUCUCGUGAAAAAUAUCAACAAAAUGCUCAUUGCCGAUUUUUUCUUUUUGUUUCAAAUGGAUCUCAAUUAUUGGAAUGUAGUCCAUAUGAUAAAUAUUGGGGAAUUGGUCAGUUUUUUUUUUUUAAAUAUUUUCAAAACAAACUAAAACAUUUUGCAGGUCGUGAUUUAGAAGAAGCUGAAUAUUAUAUUCCAGAAAAUAUGAAUGGACUAAAUAAGCUUGGACAGAUUUUGGAUCAAGUUAGAGAAGAAUUAUGGAAUAAUGAAGAAUAUAGGUAUGUUUUCUAUUCAAAUUACAUUUUUUUUUGAAAAUUGAUUUCAAAAUUUUAGAGAAGAACGUCGGGAGAUUGAGAAACUUAUGAAAAAGAUUGACGGUUAUCAAAUUCGUGUAACGAGAAAACUUGAUUUGAUAUACAAAGAUCGCGCGAAUCAACAAUUUGCAAGAGCUAUAGAACGACCAUUCAAAAGUUUGCAUUCGGAAUUAGACGAUGAAGGAUUGGUAUUGAUUCCAGAAUGGGGAAGACCACCAAAAAUUGAUCAAGAAAAUGAAGAAAGUUUGGAUUGUUCGAGUCCGCCACUUAUUUGUGAUUUUGCAAGAAUUGCGAAGAGAAAAAGAAUGGCUGUUAGCUCAUCUUCAAGUGAUUCUUCAUCUUCUUCAAAUGAAUCCGAACCAAAUAGAUUAAGAGUAUCAAAAAGUCCGGCACGAAGUCCAAGAAGAUCAAGAAGUCCUCAAAAAUACAGAAGACAAUCUAGAAGUCCUAGACGAACCAGAAGUCCAAGAAUGAUGAAAAGCCCGAGUCGAAUUCGCGGUCGAAGUCCAGCUCAAUCGAGACUAUUUCUUGCAAUUCAGGAAAGAAGAGCGAGAGAAUCUAGAGAAUCACAAGCAAAGGAACAAAGAAAACGAAGACAUUCUUCAUCGUCAUCUUCCUCUUCAUCUGCUUCUUCAAAAAGUCGAACAAGAUCAGAAAGUCCGAAAAUGUUUGGAAAAAAGAAAAAGACAUCGAGAUCGAAUAGUAGAGAUAGAAAAAGAAGAAGUAAGAGUAAAACUAGAAGUAGAAGUCCACCGAAAAGAACAAAUAGAAAUCGAAGAUCAGAAAGUGAAAGUCCGAAUAGAAUGAUUGUGGAAAUCGAAAAACCGAAGAAUGAUUAUAAUUGUUACGGUCACCAUCAGGCCACGCCCCCUCGCGCGUUGGUGAUGGAGAAGAAGAGGAGGACAGUUGGGUUGAGGAGAUGGCUAGGUGAAGGGGACCAUAGGUCCCUUUUCUGAUUAAGUUUCAUUAGUACAAUAUUUUAUCUUUAUAUCUAAUCAUUGUAAUUAUCUUUAUCCUUAUCUAUAAUAAACUAUGCUCAAAUAAAAGAACUCGUGGUUUAAUCUUAUAACUUUAGGAAUAACUUUAGGGAAAUCAAUAUAAUAUAUGCCCGACCUCCUCUAGCUAAGCUAGAGGGGUCGCGGCGUAUAACGUGGAGGUUCCACCUUGAGGGGAUACUUCUUCGAGGUACUCCCCGAUAGGUAGUUUUUUUUCUUUAAUUUCAAUUUCUUUAUUUUAAGUUUUAUUUAACCGUAAAUUUUAAUUUUUUUUUCAAAUUAGUAGUGUAUAAUGUAUACGUGUAGGAGUAGGUUAGGUUUGCGGAAGCCACAAGCAACCGACUAUUGUACUAGUAUUCUAUCUCUAUUCCAUCUACUGCCAAAUAGAAGAGGUACAAUGGGAACUGAAGCCAACGACAGAGGUCCUGCGCACGCUGAAGCUCGCCCAGUGUGCAGGUUACGUGAGUUUUUGGGAUUUUUUUUUUUUUUUACUCCUGAGGGAUUCUCUGAGAGAGCGGAUUUAUCCGUGAGAAUCUGGGCUUUUUAACUCUUGGUUGGUUUUAUUUUGAGACAUUAGAUAGCUAUCGCCCGCUUAUCCAUUAGUUGACAAUUUUUCGCUUUUUCUGCAGUAGGUUACUUCAAAAUUCGCGCGCAAAACAAUUUCAGAUUUUUAUAAACAGGAAAGUGAAGAAAUGGAACUUAUGGUAAGUUUAAACGUGUUGGGUUGAAUCCACACGUUGUCUCGUAUUUUUUAAAACCUCUGGUCGCAUGAUUAUAUGUUUUUUUCCCCUUAUUCUGACGCGCGGCAGCUUGUUUCCAACAAGUGUACAAAAGGUAAGCCCGCAAGGCAGGCGUCCACAUCCGGAUGUAAUAUUUUUUUGUUGCACGUAUACACCCUCUCACACUAACUAUUUUUAGCAUGAAACGAAUAGUUAACCCAAAAAGCACAAUUUGAAUAUUUAUGACACAUCAGCCCAAAUGCCGUAAUCUGACCUCAAAAACGUAUCUGCCGAGCAGAUGCAAAUAAAAGGGUCAAAAGGAUUGCGCAAGAGGGUCAAUGUCAACAGAUAAGUGUAAUAAAUAUAUCACAAUCGCAUUCAUCGAAUUGCGCAAUCAGGUCAUCGGAUUAUUUUAUUGCUCAAUAGGGUAACAAUUCAAACAAUGGAAAGGGCCACAAGAGAUGAAUAGUCUGCGACACCCAUGUGGGCGGAGCAAUAGGUACCAGUGCUAUCAGAAACAAUUCAUUUGUUGGUAGACGUACCACAAGAUGGAGGGUAGUUCAGAGAUGCCCGGUUUCUGGUUUUCUCAAUUGGCAAUUUUAUUUAAUUUUUUUCUCACGCCUACCGAGGCACAUUUUACCGAAGUUCAUUCUUGCAUGUGUCCCCCAACCCUAAGCCACACUUCACCCCACUCAAUCUCAAUUUUCACCGCAUGUACCGUAAUUUUCAUACGUUACUAAGACUGUUUUCAUUUCAGAAAACCAUUGAUCGCCAGCAAGAAGAAGCCUUAGCCCGGCACGAACGAGCCCACAGACGAAAUCUACUCCUCCUCCAAAACCAACAACGCCAGCAGCAGCAAGAUCGUCAAAUCAGACAGUUGCGACAUCUGCAGGACAGAAUAGAGGAUCAGGAGGACGACGAGGAAGCUCCAAGAAACAACCAAGCACCUCGACAAAGAAUGGGUGAACACGCUCAACAACCAGCUCAACCAUUUCUGGGAAGAACUAUCUUCUUGGAGACACCAAAAUUCACUGGCAAAGGAGCAUUCUCAUCAUUCGUUCGUAAGCUCAAUGAUUUUUUAAACGCGAAUCUGCUCGACGAGGAGCAGGGAAGAAGACUUCUUCCUUCUCUUCUAGACGGAAGAGCGAGAGACGCCUUCGAAAAUCUUACUCCCGAAGUGCGUGAAGGCCCAUGGAAUGCUAUGAUGGAUCGCCUGUGCGACGAAAUUCACACAGAAGAUCGCCAACUCAUUGCUCGAACCGAAUUGGGUCUUAUCAAACAAGGAGGUCGAACAGUCGAGGAAUUUUUCAAACAAUGCAAAGAAUUGGGCAACCAAGCUUGGCCAGGCGAGGCUAAUCGUCAAAUCAAAGAAGCGAUGAUAACAUCCAGCUUCAUCAAUGGUCUCAAAGCUGAAAUUCGACUACAUGUCCAAAGAUCUCAACCAACAAGUGCUGAAGAUGCUUUCAAAGCUGCGAGACGAGAAGAGGCGAUUCAGUCGCUGGAAUCUCCGGAGAACGUUGCUGAAGCCAUUAACAAUUUUUCGGCAAGAAUUGACAGCCUUGCAGCAAAGCAAGAGGAAGUCAACUUCACAAGCACCAACCAUUGGGGAAACGAUACUAGCGAUAAUCAAGGAAACGGUAAUUACAACAACAACCGUCCCAACAAAAAUCGCAACAACAACGAUCGUUCAAAUGGUAACAAUUGGUCCAAUAGAUCGAAUAAUCGGUUCAAUGGGGACAACAAUCGACCCAAUGAUGAUUGGGACUAUGAUCGGAAUGGAAACGAUAACCAAUAA